CUAUAAUUUCAGUUACAGAUUUGCUUAAAAAAUACCAGCAUUGUCUAAAUCUACUUGCUUUAUGUUAAUGGUCGUUGGCAUGCUAAGAGCAAAUAUAAGUACAAAGAAAUUUUAUUGCUAAAGGACUAAAUACCUGAAACACCAAUUUUCUUUUUACUACAUCUUGGCAAGGUGACUAAAUAGGAAGAUGAAGACGAAGAUACAUAGUAAAACACACUUCACCUUCCCUGUCAUGAUAAUCUUUUCUGUGUGUUUGCAAACAAGUGCAAACCGUACCAAUUAUUCUAGGGUUAUAAAUGAAACCUGGAAUCCUGUCGGCCAAAACUCAGGAGGAAGCCAGAAUAUAACAGAAGCCAAUACAAGCUCUCCUCUGAGCAUCAGUUUAAGCAGCAACACGACUACUUCUGAAAUACAGAUGAGUACCCUGCAAUCCCCAUCCUCCACAAUGGCCCAAAAUUCAACAUCUUCCCCUGCCAGAAGUGCUGUUUCUGCCUCUGGAGGACCCAGGAAUACCAGCAAACCCAAAAGUACAAUGACAAAAGAAACAUGUGAAGACAAUAAGUCUCUCAUACUGAUUUGCUUCAUUAUAAUAGCAGUACUUGUGCUUAUCUGCACCUUCUUAUUUCUGUCAACAGUCGUAGUAGCAAAUAAAAUGUCCUAUCUCAAAAAAACUCAGCAAGGAAAACGUAGGCCCAGAAGCAAUGGUGAUCUUCUGGCGACUAACAGUCUGUGGCCAACAGCAGCGGGCACGUGGCAGAGGAUGCCCAAGGAGCCAACUGGGGCUGACUUGGCAAUGCAAAACUUCGUACCGGGGAGAGACGCUGCAAUCCAAAGGAAGACCCAGGAUGAAACUACCGAGAAACUCAAUAAAGAAACAGAUAACGAAGAGGAAAACAAAGAACCAUCCAAGUCACACAAACCCAUUUUAACCAAUUUUGUAGUUGAGAUUUAAUCCAUACUCUGGUAAAAACUCAACUUUCAUCUUUUUUACAUCAUUAACAGAAGGCAAAAACAUAGCUUUCAAACAGCAAUAUGAAUUUUAACAUAGGAAAGCUGAAUUCAGGUCUUAGGGUUUUUCCUUUUAUCGUACAGGGAAUGCUGUAGCAACUUGCAGUUCUAGAAGGGAAUAAGAUUGUGUUAAAUAGCUUCUUAUAAAUAGUGUCAAGACUGGUUUUACUCCUUUGACCAGAAAUCAUGGCAAUAGGAGCUGAAGGGGAUAAAAGGACAGAAAUCUGCCCAUUUUCAAAGAUCAUUAGAGGAAAAAAAGGAAAGGACUGUUAGUAUAAUAAAUAUACCAUAUCAUAAGGUGCUACACAGCUAUAAACAAACAAGUUGCUUUUUUAAGGAAACCAUAAUUCAGUCACAACCUUGAUGCAAUUACUGAAUCAGGAACUAGUCCCUCUCAAAAUGCCCUUACAGUUUUUUUCCAUCAAGCGCUUCUUAAACCAGCUUCAUUGCUUUUGAACCAGAUUGAGAUUUGAAUUGUAUUUAUUGUGUUUUAACUUUGUGUACAAAUAUAUGAAGUUUGUAUUAUAUGUUCGAAUAUGAGAACUGUUUCAAUUUAUCCCCAAUAAACUAGCAACAUCACUUUUUAAAUAACUUAUGUGAUACUAUUUCUCUAAGUCAAAAUAUUGCAUGAAGUAUUCAGUAAAGGUCUUCUCUGAUGACUAGCUGUGAUUUCUCACAUCACAGAAACACACUCCACUUUGUCCUAUUACAAACAACCAGAACACGCCUAAAAUUUAUCCAAAACCACCACAACUUUUAGUUUCUUCAUUCUAAUAGAGCAGUGAUUUUUCCAUACUUCUGGGGAGAUGUCUGUGUCUGGUCUCACUACAGCAGAACUUUGCUAUCUUCAGGAAACAUGAGAAGCUUUUCACAGGCUCCUUCUUGGGUUAAAGCUGAUCUGUUGCGCUAUGGUCACAAGUGCUAAAACUGCAUAAUGACAAAGCUUUAAACAUCCUGUGCAUCUGUAAUAAACAUUUUUAACACAA